GUUAUGUGGCGGCGCUUCGAGCAGUCCACACGUUUCGUUGCGCGGGGACUUAACGAAUUGUUUCGCGGACGCUUCCCGUUAUCGUCUUUGUACAAACGUUAACGUAGCGUUAUUACAAACACGUAAUCAGAAUUAUUAACAUAUAAAUUUGUCUUUGUCACAUAUUCUUAUUAUAUUCAUCAAAUAAAUUGUGCGAUGUUGCGUAGUGAUAAUACGUAUUUCGUUUUAGGAAAAUCUUACUUGUCAGUAGUUGUCGAGUUGUCUAGAAUACAAUUCGUAAAUAAUUAAUGAGUUUGAAAAACAAUUAUCAUUAAGAUUUUCAAGAUUUUCGUGUGAAAUAAUAUUAAAUGUCUUAAGUGAAUGACAUUUAUAUUUGCGUGUGUAAACUGUACAACACCUACUGUAAAACUACUCCGAUUAGUGAUUUUAUCUUCCAAAUAUAUUUGGUCUACUAAUGACAGAAGAGAUUACGAUAUUCCUAAAGCGCGUUCGGAAACAGUGAAGAACAAUUCUUGUGAAUACAUUUCAAAGGUAUUACUACAGAUGAAGGCACUCACAAAUCUGACGUCACCAAAGAUAGAGUACAUUUUUUCUUCCGUUUUUACAAAACCGUGUUUGAUGUAAAUCUCGUACGACCGUGGAGGAAAGAGCGUUGCUUGUACAGUUUCGGGGGCCUGUUACACAACAUGUAAGACUUCUUCACUUAAAUCGGCCCUUUAAUUAUCUCCGUCACUGCUGUAAUAUCAUCUUUGGAAUCCAAGGAUAAUACAUCAAAGCAAGGUGCGACACGGCUGUCUUGACGGAGCAUACAUCACAUUCUGCACACAAGCAGCCAUGAACUGUGCUGAGGACAGCCUAUUCCAGAAUAUAACUUCAAAUAUCAACUGUACUUGCAGACAGGAGUACAAUGUUACUUACGGAGAGGAAGGUCUGUACGAUGUCCCAGCCGGUAUCAUCGCCCUUCUGUCCGUCUUUUAUGGAACCAUAUCCGUGCUCGCCGUUGUCGGCAACUCCUUGGUGAUGUGGAUUGUCGCCACGAGCAGACGGAUGCAGAAUGUCACCAACUGCUUCAUCUCAAACCUUGCCCUGGCCGACAUCGUCAUCGGAUUGUUCGCUAUUCCGUUCCAGUUCCAGGCGGCUCUGCUGCAGCGGUGGAACCUCCCCCACUUCAUGUGCGCCUUCUGUCCGUUCGUCCAGGUGCUCAGCGUCAACGUGAGUAUCUUCACACUGACGGCCAUCGCGGUGGACCGGCAUCGGGCGAUCCUGAACCCCCUCAGUGCCCGCCCGUCGAAGCUGAGAGCGAGGCUUGCCAUUGCUGGUAUCUGGUGCGUAGCAGGAGCCCUGGCCGCACCAAUGGCAGCAGCCCUCCGCGUCACCUAUAUUGAGGACCCGGACCAACGUUGCAGAGUGAAGCCAUUUUGUCACAACGUCCACAUGUCUGACGUCGCCAUGUUGUCGUACCGAAUCGUGAUGGUGUUGGUGCAGUAUUUCACUCCUCUCUGCAUCAUCUCCUGUGUUUAUGCCAGGAUGGCCCUGCGACUUUGGGGCUCAAGGGCGCCGGGGAACGCUCAGGACAGCCGGGACGCCAACCUCAUGAAGAAUAAGAAGAAGGUGAUCAAGAUGCUUGUCAUUGUGGUGGCCUUGUUCGCCAUUUGCUGGCUGCCUCUGCAGACCUACAACGUCCUACAGUACAUCUACCCUGAAAUCAACAAGUACCGUUAUAUCAACAUAAUUUGGUUUUGCUGUGAUUGGCUUGCAAUGAGCAACAGCUGUUACAAUCCAUUCAUCUAUGGCAUUUACAACGAGAAAUUCAAGCGUGAAUUUCAACAACGAUGUCCAUUUAAGUCGCGUUCCUGGUCUACUCAUUCUCACACAAUCGAUAGCGACUUCGAUAAAUCGCAGACAUCGCAGACCCGUGCUUCAGUCCGCUUGUCUUACUACAGCAACCAUAGCAACAGUUAUGACUGGCGUCGCUCCUAUUCCACCAGAGCGCAGCAGCAUGUCACCCUUCUGUCACAGAAUAACGCCUUUUACCGUGGGGUCUCCAUUCGUGGACCAAUCGGAAGGCACAAUACAAGCAACAGUUGUGGUCUGACUACUGAAUUAUGUGUCUCUCCAGAGAAACAUCAGAAAAAUGGUAACAGUUCUGAUAUGGAUGAACUGUGUUUAUAGAUUUGUGGAAAUGGAUUCACAUGAUUUCAUUCAUUCAUUCAUCAAGAGACUGGAGUAAAGUUAAAUAUGCUUUACUACAAAGUGGACACAUUAGAUACUUAUCAAAUUUUUGAACGAUGUUGAAUCUGAAAAACUUUUGAUUUCCUGACACUAGAAGAACAUUUUAAAGAACAAGGAACUGUGCAGUUUUCUUCUAAAAUCAAUUUAAACGAUGCAUGUGUAAUGUGUACUCUUACAUAACCUGUUGGAAUAUUAAGAAGAAGUGUAUCAAUAAAACAAUUUUUGUGCAUGCUCAAAUUGUUCUUGCAUAUAAAAACAAACUUCAUAAAAAUAU